AGGAGUGAGCCCAAUUACAUAACCGAGACUUGGUGUUGACAGAAAAGCGAACCUCUCUCUCUCUCUCGUCUGAGCAUCAACGAUAGAACAGAAGAAGUAAAGCGAAGAAAAAAAGCUUAGAAGCAGCAGUAACAGUUAAAGAUGGAAGACGGUGUUAGUAACAACAGCGUGAGUGCCAACAAUGUGGCCCAAGCUAUUGCCACCGCCCUUGAUUGGGCCUCCACGCCCGAUUCUCGACAAGCUGCUGUCACCUUUCUCCAAUCCAUCAAGACAGGUGAUGUACGGGUAUUAGCAAACACUUCGUUCCUUCUGGUGAAAAAGAACUGGUCCUCUGAAAUUCGGUUGCAUGCCUUUAAAAUGCUGCAGCAUUUGGUGCGUUUAAGGUGGGAGGAAUUAAGCCCCGAGGAACGCAAGGAUUUUGCGAAUCUUUCCGUUAAUUUGAUGUCUGAGAUUGCAGAUCCUUGUGAAAAUUGGGCUCUCAAAAGCCAGACGGCUGCCCUUGUUGCCGAGAUGGUUAGAAGAGAGGGUCUUAAUUUAUGGCAAGAAAUGCUCCCAUCUUUGAUUUCUCUAUCCAACAAGGGUCCAAUAGAGGCUGAGUUGGUGGCAAUGAUGCUGCGGUGGCUUCCUGAAGACAUCACAGUUCACAAUGAAGACUUAGAAGGUGACCGACGAAGGCUACUUUUGCGUGGGCUAACUCAAUCAUUGCCUGAAAUUUUGCCAUUAUUAUACACUUUACUAGAAAGGCACUUUACAGCCGCUUUAAAUGAAGCUGGUAGAAAACAAAUGGACUUUGCCAAACUACACGCCGUUACUGUAACAGCAACUCUGAAUGCAGUAAAUGCAUAUGCUGAGUGGGCUCCAUUGUCAGAUCUUGCUAAGUCUGGCAUCAUUCAUGGUUGUGGUAUCCUACUAUCCGCUCCAGAUUUUCGACUUCAUGCUUCUGAGUUUUUCAAACUUGUCUCUCCAAGGAAGAGGCCCGUAGAUGCAUCUGCUUCUGAAUUUGACCAAGCUAUGAGCAGCAUCUUUCAAACAUUGAUGAACAUAUCUAGAGAAUUUUUGUACAGAUCUGGUUCAGGUUCUGGGUCCAUAGAUGAGGGUGAAUAUGAAUUUGCUGAAUAUAUAUGUGAAAGUAUGGUGUCACUGGGUUCUUAUAACUUGCAAAGUAUUGUUGGCGAUAGCACCAUACUUCCACUUUACCUAGAACAGAUGCUGGGACUUUUCCAACAUUUCAAGUUUGGAAUUCAUUUUCAAUCCCUGCAAUUCUGGCUGGUGCUAAUGAGGGAUUUAAUGUCAAAACCAAAAAUAUCCACACAGUCAGCUGCUGAUGGUGCAGCUGUUAGCAGCACAGGUUCUGGAGAGGUUGAAAAUGCAAAGAAAAAGGCUCUAAGCUUUGUGAAAGAUGAUUUUUAUGGUGCAAUUUUGGAUACUUCUUUUCCUCGCAUGCUCAAGAGAGAAAAAAUUCUGCAUGAAACUGCUGUUUCUUUAGGGGUAUUGGAGUUGUGGAGUGACAAUUUUGAGGGCAAGGGCACAUUCAGCCAGUACCGUUCUAGGCUGUUGGAGCUGAUUAGGUUUGUUUCUUCUUACAAACCCCUGAUAGCUGCUACUAAAGUUUCAGAAAAAAUUGAUACAAUCAUUAAGAGUGUCUCGCUUUCACCGGCCCCAACUCAGGACUUAGCUGUGAUGGAAAGCAUGCAGUUGGCUUUAGAGAAUGUAGUGAAUGCAGUUUUUGAUGGAUCCAAUGAUCUAACCAAGGCAAAUGCCGAAGUUCAGUUUGCAUUAUGCAGAACAUUUGAAGGUUUACUCCAACAAUUUAUUUUCUUAAAAUGGACGGAGCCUGCACUUGUGGAAGUACUUGUUCACUAUUUGGAUGCAAUGGGCCCCUUUUUGAAAUAUUUCCCUGAUGCAGUUGGCAGUGUUAUUAAUAAACUAUUUGAACUUCUAACAUCUCUUCCUCUUGUAAUCAAGGACACAUCAACAUUUAGUGCUAGACAUGCAAGGUUGCAGACCUGUACAUCAUUUAUUCGGAUAGCAAAAGCCGCAGACAAAAGCAUCUUGCCCCAUAUGAAGGGCAUUGCUGAUACGAUGGCAUGCUUGCAAAGGGAGGGUCGUUUACUUCAGGGAGAGCAUAAUCUUCUGGGCGAAGCUUUUCUUGUUAUGGCUUCAUCUGCUGGGUUUCAACAACAGCAAGAAGUCUUAACAUGGUUACUAAAACCUUUGAGCCUACAGUGGACACAAUCGGAGUGGCAGGAUAAAUAUUUGUCUGAUCCGCACAGUUUGGUUCAGUUGUGCUCUGACACAUCAUUUAUGUGGUCAAUUUUUCAUACAGUGACAUUCUUUGAGAGGGCACUGAAGAGAAGUGGAGUCAAGAAAGCUAAUUGGAAUUCAGAAAACAGCUCAAUUGCAAAUUCAACUUCUUUAAAUCCAAUGGCCUCUCAUAUAUCAUGGAUGUUGACUCCUCUCUUGAAACUACUGCGUAGCAUACAUUCCCUUUGGUCUCCAUCUGUAAGUCAAGCUUUACCUGGAGAGGUCAGAGCUGCAAUGAUCAUGAGUGAUGUUGAGAGGUUCAGUCUUCUUGGAGAAGGGAACUCUAAAUUGCCAAAGGGUUCAUCGUCAAUUACAGAUGGAUCUAAGGUGGACAUGAACAAAGAAGGAUAUGCUGAACCAAAUGAAUCUGGUAUACGAAAUUGGUUUAAAGGCAUCAGAGACAGUGGGUAUAAUGUAUUGGGCUUGUCAACGACAAUUGGGGAUUCGUUUUUCAAACAUUUGGAUGUGCACUCUGUUGCUGUUGCUUUAAUGGAGAAUAUACAGUCAAUGGAGUUCAGGCAUAUAAGGCAGCUUGUUCAUUCCACUUUGAUUCCCUUGGUUAAAAAUUGUCCUUUGGAUAUGUGGGAGAUUUGGCUGGAAAAGCUUCUACACCCAUUAUUCGUCCAUGCUCAUCAAGCUCUUAGCUGUUCAUGGUCUAGUCUUCUACAAGAUGGAAGAGCAAAGGUUCCAGAUGUUCAUGGCAUUCUUAGUGGAUCAGACUUGAAGGUGGAAGUGAUGGAGGAAACACUUUUGAGGGAUCUCACGCGUGAGAUGUGUGCACUCCUCUCUGUCAUUGCUUCUCCUCCUCUUAAUACUGGAAUCCCUUCUUUGGAACAGUCCGGGCAUGUUAAUCGAUUAGACACGUCUUCUCUAAAAAGCUUGGAUACAGUUGCAUCAUCCUCUAUGGUUGGUUUCCUUCUAAAGCAUGAAGGUGUGGCCCUCCCAACACUUCGAAUGUGUUUAGAAGCUUUUACAUGGACGGAUGGUGAAGCUGUGUCUAAAAUUUCUUCUUAUUGUUCCACGUUGGUAGUUCUUGCAAUAGUAACAAAUCAUACAGAACUCAUUGAAUAUGUUUCUAGAGAUCUUUUUACAUCCAUUAUUCAAGGAUUAUCCCUUGAAUCAAAUGCAAUAAUCAGUGCUGAUCUAGUUGGCAUUUGUCGUGAAAUUUUUGUAUAUCUUUGUGACAGACACCCAGCUCCCAGGCAGGUUUUGAUGUCUCUCCCCUGUAUUACCCCGCAAGAUUUACUUGCCUUUGAGGAAUCUUUAACAAAAACAUCCAGUCCAAAGGAACAAAAGCAGCACAUGAAAAGCUUGCUUCAAUUAGCAACCGGUAACAAAUUAAAAGCACUUGCAGCACAGAAAAGUGUAAACAUCAUUACGAAUGUUUCAAUGAGACCACGCACCGCAGCCAAUGCUCCCGAGUCCAAAGUUGAUGAUGGCGAUCCUGUGGGGUUGGCAGCCAUCAUCUGAUAUGAAUUCUGAGCUCAUGGAAGGUUUUGUGUACAGUAGUGAGCUCAUAUUGAGAAGAUUUUGGGUUUUUAUUAUUUACUAACACGGGGUGCGAAAACAUUUCUUCCCCGUCAACAUUAACAAGGAGAAAUCGAGUGGGGGUACAAAGAUUUUAUGUCCUUCCUCUGUUUGCGCAUAGCAACAUGAGAAUCAGGUUUGAUGUAUGCAUGCGUUCCAUCAUUUGGAAUGCAUAGCCAUGUACAACAUAACACAACCAUAAUUGGCAGCUAUUCAGACUUUUUGUAUUUUAAAUCUCUGUAGUAGUAAUUUUUCCCAUAAUUCAAAGUUCGGUUGUGAUUAUAACUAUUUUAUUUUUUUCCCCUUUAGAUGCAUAAUAAAAUGAGA